GUAAGGCUAACUGGCGCCGUCACUUGACAGCGGUUCCUGUGGCGGACUACUGUCUUGCCUGGUGGCCGCUGCCCUGCCAUCCCAAAAAGGCGCCCGCGAUUCGCUCUGCUUGCAGGAAGCCACGUGAGGCCCUGAGAGCCCUGGGAGAUGAAGUUUGGCUGUCUGUCCUUCCGACAGCCUUAUGCAGGUUUCAUCUUAAAUGGUGUCAAGACCCUGGAGACGCGGUGGCGGCCCAUGCUACGCAGCCAACAGCACUGUACCCUGGCAGUCCACAUCGCACACCGGGACUGGGAGGAUGAGGCCUGGCGGGAGCUGCUGGAGCAGAGGCUGGGGAUGAGCCCCACCCAGAUCCAGGCCUUGCUGCAGGACGGGGACAAGUUCGGCCGUGGAGUGAUCGCGGGUCUCGUGGACAUUGGGGACACUUUGCAGUGCCCAGAAAACCUAGAUCCCGAAGAGAUGGAGGAGCUGGAAAAUCAAGCCCUGUUGCCCGAUCUGCGACAGAAGUACCUGACUGUGCUCUCCAACCCCCGCUGGCUGCUGCAGCCUGUCCCUAGAAGGGGCGGGAAGGACAUCUUCCUGGUGGACAUCCCCCAGUAUCUGAUCCCCAUUGGGCAGGAGGCCUGUCCAAACUGAGCUUUCAAAAGGUGACAAGAGACCAGCACAUGGUGACACUGUCGUCACCAUUGCACCCUGGACGUGCCCGUCUGGUUCAGUCUGAAUUGGCCCCACCCUGGGAUGUGCUGCCAACUUUGUGUGGGUUGGGGUGCCGGGACACCCCUCGUGCAGUGCUGUUCUGGACUCAGCAAGAGUCUCCCGAACUUUGACCUUUA